CCUCCUCAUGCUUUCCGGAGCCAGUGGUUCAUUCGUGCGUGUAGAGCCGUGGAUUGCCUCGCCGGGAGGGAGGAAACGUGUUUCGUUUAAUUUUGCUGGGUUCUCGUGCUGUCAUUAGCAGUGCUGCUACUACAGUAACGUUUUAAACAGUAUUUUCGCGGGUACUUUGCGUUGUAAUUAAUAACGGCGGCGUGGCAUAACGUUGCGAACAACUAGGUUAGGCUCUGUCACCUGGCUGCAGCAGCUGACUUGGUGUCUUGCGGAGAGUGGCGACAGUUCCCAAAAGAAAACAAGCAAUUGCUAGUUAGCAAUUCAGCCAGUUAGCCUGCUAGCUAGCUAGCUCUUGCCUUAUUGCCACAGCAAGUCCCUCCCUCACAAAGUGCGUGGACGCUGUUGGCUGCGACGGUGAAGUCGAGUGUUUUUUUUUUCUUUCUUUCUUUUCCUUUUUUUUUAAACUCCCCUCCUAUCAACUUAAUAGCCAGCAUCCCUAUACAGUUGGUUUGCACGGGAAAUACCCCCCACAAAGGUUAGAUAGGUUAGGAGACGGUAACGUAAAAUUGCUGGCUUUACGUUCGACAAGUGUGUUCUGUGGAGGGAUACGGAUCAUACACUGGCAGAGAGACUGGCUAAAAGAAGACGCGAAAUAAGAGCGAACAAGGAAGACACCAGGAAGGAGGGGACUGGCUAGUUUAGCCGGUGAGACUGAAUCGCACAUAGUACAUCAAGCCACACACAGCCAUGAGUAUUGAGAUACCGGUUGGGUUGACAGAACUGCUGCAGGGCUACACUGUGGAGGUGCUCCGACAAAGGCCGUCAGACCUGGUGGAUUUUGCCGUACAAUACUUUACCCGUUUGCGGGACACCAGAAGUCAGGAUGGGGCCAGCACAGGCGGCAAGACGGGAAAAGGAGUGAUGUUUGACGGGGAGCCGAUGCAAACAGAGUCCAAUGGAGAGGAUGAUGAAGAUGAUGACUCCGACUUUGAACCUCCACCACCAAGCAGAUUCAACAGGAGAGUGUCAGUGUGUGCGGAACCAUUAAACCCAGACGAGGAUGACGAGGACACUGAACCCAGAGUGGUUCACCCAAAAACAGACGAACAGCGCUGCAGACUGCAAGAGUCCUGCCGAGACAUCCUACUCUUCAAAACACUAGAUCAAGAGCAGUUCUCACAGGUGCUGGACGCUAUGUUUGAGUUGAUUGUUAAGCCUCAGGAGCACGUCAUAGACCAGGGACAUGAUGGAGACAACUUCUAUGUCAUAGAGAGGGGUGUGUAUGACAUAGUGGUUUCAGGAAAAUGCGUGGGUCAGUAUAACAAUAAGGGCAGCUUUGGAGAGCUGGCACUCAUGUACAACACGCCACGUGCCGCCACCAUUGUAGCCACCCAGGACGGAGCGCUAUGGGGACUGGACCGUGCUACAUUUCGUAGACUCAUUGUAAAGAACAAUGCCAAGAAGAGGAGGAUGUACGAGUGUUUCAUUGAGUCAGUUCCCCUACUCAAAUCACUGGAGGCAACAGAGAGGAUGAAGCUAGUUGAUGUAUUAGGAGCAAAGCAGUUCACAGAUGCCGAACGUAUCAUCACACAGGGAGACAAAGCUGAUUGUUUCUACAUUGUAGAGUCUGGGGAGGUCAAGAUCAUGAUGAAGAGUAAAACGAAGGCAGACCACGCAGACAAUGCGGAGGUGGAGAUAACACGCUGUACCAGGGGUCAGUACUUCGGGGAGCUGGCCUUGGUCACUAACAAGCCCCGGGCCGCCUCAGCCUACGCAGUGGGAGAUGUCAAGUGUUUGGUAAUAGACAUCCAGGCAUUUGAGCGCCUCCUGGGCUCCUGUAAGGAGAUCAUGAAGAGGAACAUUGCCCACUAUGAGGAGCAGCUGGUGGCUCUGUUUGGCUCCAGCAUGGACCUGAGAGACUGAGCCUCCCAUACCACCCUCCGUGCCUUCUACUACAAACACACAUACAGACAGACAGACACACAGACAUAUGUCCUCUCCCACAUCAUGCAGUGGCUAUAGAGACUCAUAAGCUUUACACAGAUGGUGCAAAUGCAUGAAAGUGUACUUGGCUCACCUCCAGGUAUAUAAAUCCUCAGAGUAUGAACACACACUCCAUCUCACACACACACAUUCACUGAUCUCUGUAGGCACUGAGAGACGCUCACUUAAGUCUGCUCACCCUCGUGCACAACCAGCUCAACAGACCCCUUGUUAAGCUGACUUUGGUUAGAUAUACACAUACAGAGCUAGCUGAAGGUCACAUACCUUGUUGCUUGAGCCAGCUUCAACCUCUCAGUAUGAAUGCCUUUGCUGCAGUGACCUAAAACAGGUAAAAGCAGUGUAAGGACGUAUAGUACACAAGCACUCCAUACACACGUCCAAAAAGACACAGAGCUUCACAUGUGCAGGCUUUGCAUUCACGUGAGCACUUAAACAACUCCAAGUUGUUCCAAGCCUCAGCCAAGGACACAUCAACCCAUGGACACACACACACACACACACACACACACACACACACACACACACACACACACACACUUACAGGGGUACAAGGGUACAACAUAUAGGCAACCACAGUUGCAAAAACGGAUACACUGUGGUAAAAUGGAGAUGAAAAACUUCCCUGAAAAGGAAAACUUCAAAUUCAAAAAGGCAAAAAAAAAAAAGAGUUUAAAAAAUAUACAUUUUAGAAACAUUUUAUGAAGAUUCAAAACAGAAGCUUUGAUAAAAUAUUUAAAUUAACAAAAAAAAAAAGAGUGUUUCCUCUUUGGGGGGGCUGGGGUGCAGAACUUUGUGAGCGCGCUCCGUUUCUUCCUCUACUGUUGUUGAUCGAGUUGAGUUAGUGCUGGUGAUUAUUGCAGUACCACAGAAGAAGCAGUGAAAACAAUAACAACCCUAUGUUUUCUGGGCCAUUGUUAUUCGUCAUUGACUCCACACUUCAUUGUAUUGAAUUAAUUAAUAAUGUAUUGUUAUAUUCUUUUUUUUGCUUUUUGUUUUGUUUUACUUUGACCAGUUCUGAUAAAAUUCACCAUCAUGUCUGACACAAUGUAAAGAGAGAAAAAAGGAAGAAAAAAACCAUCUAAUAUAACAUUAGUGCUUAUUUCGCCUUGAUUAUCCUUGAAUAAGUUGUCCUGGAUUUAAAAAUGGAAAAAAAAUAAAUA